AACAUAGUUCAUGUGAUUGUUUCAAAAAGAAAUAUUUUUCAUGUGGAGUACUCCUAAAACAGACCAGAACAAGAAAGGGAGCUGAGCUCAGGCUUGGAGCAGAUCCAUAUCCAUCCGGCAGGAGCAGCGACAGUGAUUAGCUGGGUCUGGGUACCUCCGCCUCGCGAGCCGAGACCAUGUGGACGGACAGUCCGCUGCUCCGGGAUGCCGGCGCCGCCGUGCUCACCGGAGUGACCGCCGGUGUUGUGCUCCGCUUCUGGGAAGAGGUCGCCAACCGCGCGCUGCUGGACCAGAAACUCUGCAGGAAACUGGUGCACAUAACUGUCGGAUUAGUGUAUUUCCUGAUGUGGCCUUUGUUCAGUUCAGAUGAUGCGUUUGCUCCAUUUCUUGCUCCACUUAUCCUCGUCAUCAACAUCAUAAAGGUGACAGUGAUUGGACUUGGUUUGGUGAAAGAUGAAGGUAUGGUUAAUUCGAUGACCAGGCAUGGAGACCACAGAGAACUACUCAAGGGCCCAUUGUAUUAUGCUUGUGCUAUAACUGUAACAACAAUAGUUUUCUGGAGGACAUCUCCCAUCUCAAUCGCCGUGAUCUGCAAUUUGUGUGCCGGAGACGGUGUUGCUGACAUAUUUGGGAGACGAUUUGGGCAUGUGAAGCUCCCUCACAACCCUGAAAAAUCAUAUGCAGGAAGCAUUGCCAUGUUCUUGGCAGGUUUCAUCGCAUCAGUGCUGUUCAUGUGCUACUUCAACAUUUUUGGGUUUGUUGAGAAGAGCUGGACCAUGGUCGCUGCCUUUGGUGUCAUAUCCCUGGUUGCAGCAGUUGUGGAGUCACUCCCGAUCAGCACAUGCCUUGACGACAAUCUGACUGUUCCUGUCGCAUCUGUGCUAUUUAGCGCCCUGGUUUUCUAUUCCAUCGGAGCCAGAAACCUGUGCUGCAUGAGCGGCGAAGACUGGAGAAGUAUUUCAGCUACCGUUGGAAUGAUGUUUGCAGGCAGCAGCAGCUGAAACAAGUAGACACAGUCCAGGAGCAGAGUUGAGCAGAAAAUACACAGAGGAGUGAUCCUUCAGUCCUGAUGGGUGUUUCUUGUCUUGUAACCAUUUUCCUGUCUAAGCAGACAUUCUUGUAACUUGAGAAUUAUUAAGAAAGACAAAGAAAGAGGAAAAGCGGGAAAGUUUACAUAUUCAUGAAAACAGAGCAGGAGCUCAUAAGUAAAGUAUAAGUGAAAACUGCAGCUGAGUUGGCAGUGCGUUUGUGAUCCGUUCAGAAACUUGAAUACUUGGUGGUUUGCUGUGAG